AUGUUGAUGUGUUCAUCACCUAGUAACAAACUUGAAAGGCUAUCGCAUGAAUAUUUCGUAUCAUCGCUCAGAACAUGGUGUAAUUCUACUGAAAAGACAACUAGCUUAAAUGUUCUCAAAUCUAAUUGGGUUAAUAAUAUUACCAAUAAAUUGACUUCCACAUCUAAAGUUGAUUUAUUGAAUCUAAUGUCAUUAACUGGCCUAUAUGAGGUUGAAUUACAAUUUCUUAAACUGUCUGUACCAAACUUAAUUUACUUCGCUACUCUAUACAACAGUGGAUAUGGAUGUGAAGAAUCUUGUUUAAUGCUCACUGAAUGGUCCAAGGAUUCAAACUCUGUUAAUUAUAAUUUAAAUUUAAAUUCUGAAUUUUAUAAUCCAAUUUAUAUGAACAGAGAAAGGUUUAAGAAUUUGUUACUGAAGAUGUUAAGUUCUCCAUCUAGGGAUAAAAGAAUUUCAAGAAUGGUCUCAUAUUUAUCUAAGCCUGAAACCUUCGACCAUUCAAACUAUGAUUCGUCAAAUAAUUCUGAACAACGGAGUCCAAGUACCAAUUCACAGUUAUCAGAAUCAAAAGACUCAAAAAUUGAAUCGAAAUCACCUAACUCAAACUAUUGUGUUUUGACUCCCAAUUCCAGUAAAAUACUUGAACUACUAGAUCAAUCGAAACUUCCUAAGCUCUUUAUUGAAUACAUUGAACCCACCAAGGGAUUAUUCAAAUUAUAA